GGUAGUUCCUGUUCGAACUACUACGUCGGGGUCGGGCUCGCUACGCAGCGGCGGCGAGGGGCGGGUCCCGCCUUUGCCCUCUGGAACAAAGAACAAUCCGGGUCUAUUUUCCGCCCAAAUACCGCCCGCUGCAGGAGGAUCAUCUCUCUUCGAUCCCAGUCCCACCCCACAGAAACCGCCGAAACAAGCGAGCUUAGUUCUUGUUUCUAACAUUUGGCAAAUUGUGGAAAUGCUGUGGAAGCAGGAGAUUCAGGAAAAAAACCUGCUAUUCCCGGGCCUGAACCCCAAUGCCAAAACCUCGAAAAAAUCCUGCUUUCACUUCACUUACAACGAUAUCCCCAGAAGAAACUGUUUCACUGUACAUUUGUGAUGCAGAAAAUGCAUCGGAGAAGUGUUUGUGUUACUACACAUGCAAUACAGAGGAUUUUUCGCUGCGUUUUCCCUUAGGCCCCUCGCAUGGUAAAUCUUCUCUAUCAUGUAGAACAAACUUGUGAUGCAAAACUUGCGAAAUCCUUACAGUGAAACAAUUUUUUCGUACGAUAAACGAGCUAGAGCUGCUGGCGGAAGCGGGAAGGGAACGCUUGAAGAAGGAGGAAAGACUCGCGAUCUUGCAGGGAGUGGUGAGCCGGACUUAUGUUAACAGCAGAGGCAAAAAGAAGAACGAUGAGAGAAGCGGCAAAAGGAACAAGAAGUUCAUCACCCACACGCACCAGUACUGGCGUUCAGUUUUUCUUAACGCGUUCACGCCGGACGCGCCGGGCUGUCAGCUCCCCAACGCGCGGCUAAUAACACGACCUGGCUCAAGAACAGCAGCAGGUCCUGGCACUGCAGAUGAACAGCAGGAGCUGAAGAAGUAUUUGAGAGCGUGGAAAGCCAACGCAAUCGCAGCCACGGAGAUGUUGACCACGAGGUGGGAAGAACCAACAUCCAGAAGUGAUAAUGCAGGUUCUUCAGGUUCUGCAGCUACUGCCCCAGCAGCCAAUGCCAAGCGAGCAGAAGGAGCGUCGUCAACAGCGGGAGAAUUACUUUUCAGCCCAGCGGCGAAUAUGAAACCAGUAGAAUCGAGGACGCAGCAGAAGCACGGGGAGCAAGAGAAGCAAACUCCACCAGCAUCCAGAGCAGAAACACAAACAGAGAAAAUAUCAAAUAUCCACGACCCGACCAAGAAAACCCUCCCGAACGAGCGCGCCCUGCUUGGUUUGUUCAAGUUUGAGCUUGCGGAGCGCUUCACCGACUUCGCAGUGCCGGAAAGACGGUUUAAUCGCCUGACGGAAUAUUCGAGCCAAAACAUUUUAGGCCUGAACGUGGACGCGCACUCGGCCUUGCCCACGGUCUGGCACGGUUUUCUUCUGCACAAGCAAACGGAGUUGUGUGACACGAUUCUGGACUACUAUCAAGACAACGUUUUGAAGCCGAACGAGGAGAAGAAAAAGCUGAGAAAGGUAUCCCGUGUAAAAACGUCUCCACCCCAUAGUUGUCAUGCAGAUUGGCAGUCACAGGAAGAUUUGUAAUGUGCAUCCCCAUGAGAGGCAUUUCCAGUCAUGUGUCGGACUUUGUAAUGCUAUAAACAGGAUGACUAGGUGGAUUUGUGUUGCGGCUGUACUUGCUAAACUGCACUACAAUACAAUGAGGAACUUGUCAUGCUUAACUCCCAAAGCUUCUGGAUUUGUGUUGCUAGAUUCCCAUCUUGACUAUGGGGUGGCGACGUUUUUGCACUGGAUAAAAGGGGAAUUACCGAAAAGCGGUCACCUAUGAAAGCGUCAGGUUUGAAAUGGAGAAAGUUGAAAGGAUUUGCCAUGCAUAAAACCGAUACCAGUCGGAAGCCCACUUAUCAAGCGGCGCAUGACAAAUUUUCCAAGCACCAAAAUCCGACUUGUCAUGCUGUUUGGGAACAGAAGACUACUUUUGUCAUGCUACUUUAGCAGCUCUAUUUCAGCCCCUAAACAGGCUCACAAUUGGCCUCACUUGCCAUCCCGGCAAGACAGCCACUUCAUGCCUUGCAUUUUAUGCAUGACAAACUAUUUUAACUUUCACUUUGACGAUUUCAAUCCUGACACUCCCAUAUCACUGACAUCCUAGACUUCUCCCCGGACUUCUUCUACGACUACGCCAUUAUGAAUUCGAUGGGGCAAGUGUUGAAAGAGGUGUUUCAAUUCGGCCAGGGCGGCGAGGAUUUUAAGUUAAACAACGCCAGGAUCCCCGACCUGCAAUACACGCUGUCGUUGCACAAACAGCAAAAAGACCGCACCCCCGCCGACGACGCGGAGAACCGGAACCCCCACGUACUACAAGGAAAAGUGCCCCCACCCCCAAAGUUGCAAUAAUUUGUGAUGCGAAGUUUCCAAAUGAAAAGUUUUUGUCAUGCAUGAAAGGAGUAUGAAUCUUUCUGAUGCAGAGUCUAGGCGUAUAUAGCAUCGCUUGCAUAACAAGCGCCGCUCUUGCUGGGAUCUUUUGCAAUACAGAUUUUUGCUAUUCACGAUCGGAAAUCUGUGAUGCUGUUAGAUGCAAGAGGGCGAGUGUUUCUUUUGGAAAGGUUUGCAAUACAAAUGCUCCCAAGUUCGGAGCGGUCAUUUUUCCUUGCGAUACCACGCGGCAAGGAAGUUCGAGCGCCCGCUGCAG